AUGUCGUCUUCCAUUGAAGGUCCAGAACACAGACCAAUUCCUACCAGUCGUUAUGAUCUUUCAACUUAUUGGGGCAGAGUUAGACAUUGUUUGGAAAUCAGUGAUCCAAGAAACUUGUUAGUCACUCCUACCCAAGUGAGAAUCGCUAAACAGGCCCUUAGCGAAUACCGUCAUGGAUACAUCAGUGAGUUUGCCGAAGAGUUGUGGGAACAUAAACAAGUAUUGGACUCGACCGUCCAUCCAGAUACUGGGGAAACCAUUUUCUUGCCGUUCAGAAUGUCGUGCUGUGUGCUAUCAAAUUUGAUAGUGACUGCUGGGAUGCUCACUCCAAACUUGACAGUUGGCGGCACCAUCUUUUGGCAAUGGGCCAACCAAUCUUUGAAUGUGGCCAUCAAUACUUCUAAUGCCAAUAAAUCCCAUCCAUUGACCACCAAACAAUUGUUGACCAACUACGCCGCCGCAGUGUCCGCCAGUUGUGGGGUAGCGUUAGGGUUGAAUGCUCUCGUUCCUAGAUUGAAAUCUCUCACUCCAAAGACCAAAUUGAUCAUGACCAGACUCGUGCCGUUUGCUGCAGUUGUGUCGGCAGGGAUUGUCAAUGUGUUUUUGAUGAGAUCAGAAGAGUUGAAGAAAGGGAUUACUGUUGUUGAUCCAGAAACCAAAGAGCCAUUGGGGACUUCCAAAGUAGCUGCUACAUAUGCUGUUGGGGAAACUGCUGCUUCCAGAGUUAUAAAUGCCACCCCGAUCAUGGCCAUUCCUCCUUUGAUUUUGGUGAAAUUGCAACGUGGAUUCUUGAAAGGUAAAGGGCUAGGGAUCACCACUGCUGUCAACUUGGGGUUGAUCACCGUCACGAGUUUUGCAGUACUUCCGUUUGCUUUGGCAGUGUUCCCACAAACUGAAAGAUUGCAUGUCUCCAAGUUAGAAGACAAGUUUAGAGAACUUAGGAACAAAUCUGGCAAGCCAGUGGAGUUUGUCGAGUUCAAUAGAGGUAUUUAG